AUGAAACUAGAAGUGGUAUGUAAAAUGUAUAAUGGCUUUACCAAGUUUUCUUCUUUUGAGCUUCGGAGGAUUCUUGCGCCGCAGGACAGUUUGCCGGAGAGGAUUGUUAGAUGCGGAAGGCGGUUGGAGAAUCUGCUGCUUCGUGUUCGUGAUGAUGACAAUAUUCUCUUUGGUUGCGGCUCGGCGACGAUCUACAAAGUUGGAGACUCCGAUGGAUGGACUGCCAAGGACGACGUCUAUUACGAUUGGGCCGAGCGUAAAGAAUUCCACGUGGGAGAUUCUCUGGUUUUCGAAUACGAUCGCAACAUGAACGACGUGACUCAAGUAUCCGGCUCUUUGGAAUACGAAUUCUGCGACACUUCUUCUCCUAAAGCCGUCUACAGCACAGGACACGAUGUCGUGACUCUCACGGAACCGGGUUUUUACUACUUCAUCACCUCAAAUCAAGGUCAGUGCGCAUCCGGACAGAAACUCGACGUUCUUGUCGUCCAUGACCCGUCACGUCCGGUUCCUCCACCACCGAGCAAGAUCCUUCCUUUCGGAGAGAUCUACAAGGUCGGAGAUUUGCAAGGAUGGAGCGUCUACAACAGUCACUUCUAUUCCAAGUGGAGUGAGGAGAAACAGUUUCACGUGGGAGAUAUUUUGCUUUUCGAACACGGCAACGAAGUCAACGACGUUAUUGAAAUCAAGGGUGAUCUUGAGUUCAUAUCCUGCGACCCAACCACUCCUGUAGCUGUGCACAAGACAGGACAUAAUCUCGUUAGGCUAACGGAACCAGGAGUUCAUUAUUUCAUAAGCUCAGAGCCUGGUCACUGUGCGGCUGGACUUAAGCUUCGAGUGGUGGUGCAACCACAAACAAAAGCUGUUACUUACCCAAAGUCUCCCAAGAAGAUGGACUUGUCAGUGAUGGACCGCCUCAAAAACUGGUUACAUACCUUUAGGCCCCAACCCCACCAUUAA